AUGUCGCGCGCGCCUCGUAUCGUAUCGGUGCUGCUCCUGCUGCUGCUGCUUGGCCCCCUCCCCAUCUCCUGCGUCCACGUAGAGACCGCCGACGGUCCCGUGACGGCGACGGUGCACCGGCAGGACGACGGCACCGCGUGGCGCUCCUUCAAGCAGCUGCUGGACGCGCGGCGAGGCAGCCACGUCGCGGGCCUCGGCGAGCUCAAGCGCUACCUGGCGAGGUUCGGCUACAUGCCCGGGGCGGCGGCGCGCGAGCCGACGGACGCGUUUGACGCGCACAUGGAGGCCGCCGUGCGGCGGUACCAGUCCAAGCUUAGCCUGCCGGUCACGGGGCAGCUCGAUUCCACCACGCUGGAUCGGAUCAUGGCCCCGCGCUGCGGCGUCGGCGACGACGACGGCCACGGCGUGCCGGUAUCCCUCUCGGGAUCGACGGCGGCGAGCCGGGACGGCGCGGUCAGCCGGUUCACGUUGUUCAAGGGCGAGCCGCGGUGGACGCAGCCGGACCCGCUCGUGCUCACGUACGCCAUCUCGCCGACUGCCACCGUCGACUACCUGCCUGCCGAGACCGUGCGCGCGGUGUUCCGGCGCGCGUUCGCGCGGUGGGCGCGGGUCAUCCCCGUGGGCUUCGUCGAGGCCGACGACUACGAGGGGGCCGACAUCAGGGUGGGCUUCUACGUGGGCAGCCACGGCGACGGGAUCCCCUUCGACGGGCCGCUCGGCGUACUCGGCCACGCCUUCUCCCCAAAGAACGGGCGCCUCCACCUCGACGCUGCAGAACGGUGGGCGGUUGACAUGGACACCGAAACGGUGCACUCGGCUGUCGACUUGGAGUCCGUGGCCACGCACGAGAUUGGGCACGUCCUCGGGCUGGGGCACUCGUCGUCACCCAAGGCCGUCAUGUACCCGAGCCUCAGCCCGCGGCAAAAGAAGGCGGAGCUCACCGUCGACGACAUCGAGGGCGUCCAGUGGCUGUAUGGGCCAAACCCGGGAUUCAGUCUCAGCUCGCUCUACCAGCAGGACUCCUCCAUGGCGUCGGGGAGGAGCAGUUGGUUUCCUGCCUCGGCUAGUUUAGUUUGUGCAGUCUUGGUCAUGCUAGUGACGCAGUUGUAG